AUGCCAAAGAAACCGUUCAACUGGAGGAUGUGGACCAAGGUCGCCAUUGCUGGCGUUACCUUUGGUGUUGGUGGCCCAAUGCUCACGGCAUAUGUAACUCCGACCGAGGAAGAAAUCCGAAAGAGAUAUAACCCGGAUCUGCGCCGGAGAAGCGAGGAAAACCGAGCACAGCGGGAGCAAGAGUUUGACGACUUUGUGACUAAGUUGAAGGAAUAUUCCAAGUCGGAUAAGCCGAUCUGGGUAGUCGCAAAAGAGGCAAGGGAAAGAGAGGAUAGAGAGCGGGAAGAGAAGAGGAGGAAAGAUAUCAGAGACAGUGCCAAGGCUAAGGAGCAGGAGCUUGAGGCGAGACGGGAAGAAAUGAGAAAAGAAACUGGAUUGUCGAGAUGA